AAGGCCCCGCCUCCGGCCCUGGGCCCGCCCCCGGUCCCGCCCCGCCGCAUCUCGCGGGAUCUCGCGAGUACGCCUGCGUCAGGUGCAGUCAUGGAGGCGGAGGAGGCGGAUGUGGAUGUGGAAGGAGAUGUUGCGGCGGCUGCACAGCCGGGAAAUGAUGAAAGUACAGCAUCAGUUUUUCAAGAUCACUAUCUUGAUUCAACGUGGAGAAGGGAAAAUGGCUGUCUUCCUUGGACUCUGGAUAGCACCAUCAGUGAUGAGAACAGAGCUAUCAUUGAGAAAAUGCUGUUGGAAGAAGAGUAUUAUUUAUCUAAUAAAUCACUUCCAGGAAAAUUCUGGGUUAAUCAAAAGGAGGAUAAUAAAAAAUACACAAACAGCCUGCAGAAGUCAUCAAAAGCCAUGGUAGAUUCUCCUGCAAAACCAGCCAGUCAUUCAGUAAAGUGGACAGUAGAAGAGAAAGAGCUGUUUGAACAAGGACUGGCUAAAUUUGGCCGAAGGUGGACCAAAAUCGCAACACUACUUAAAAGUCGCACAGUUUUACAAGUGAAGAGUUAUGCCAGACAGUACUUUAAAAAUAAGGUAAAGUGGGAUGUGGAAAAAGAAACACCAACUCAGAAGAGCAGCAGUGAUCUUCAGGUUAAAAACAAAGAUGACAGGACGAAGGCGUGGGCAGCAGCCUGUUUAAGGGGAAGUGCUGAUCCCUGCCUGAAUGCUGUAAAGAUUGAGAAGUUAUCUGACGAUGAAGAUGUAGAUAUCACAGAUGAGCUGGAUGAGUUGACUUCUCAAACAUCACAGAAUUCUGGCAGCCAUCUUACUUUAGAUGUUCCUAAUAGUAAAAUGUAUACCACCAAUCAAGGAGAAUUAUGCCAAGAAGGUCCAUUAGCUAAAUCUUCAGGAGAGUCUCUUCAGAAUGUGAAGCAAGGUGAAGGAGAAGCAUGUUCAAGCUCAGAAAUUGCAUCAUGGGCUGAAAAACAGAAAAGUACUGACAAAAACUCAGCCGAAUUAAAUGAGAAAUACAAUAAAGUGGUGGAAGAACACACUCUACACAGAGGAGAAGUAAGAGAGGAAGCCAAGCACUCGCCUUCUCCAGAGCCCUGUGAGAGGCAGGACUCAAGUGGAAAUGAAAUGCUUUUGCCUCCUUGCCAAAUUGAGGAGGAAAACCAUGAAGGAGAAGAGCUUAAGCCACCAGAACAAGAAGUUGAAAUAGAUAGAAAUGUCAUUCAAGAAGAAGAAAAGCAAGCGAUUCCUGAGUUUUUUGAGGGGCGCCAAACUAAAACACCAGAACGCUAUUUGAAAAUUAGAAACUACAUUUUGGAUCAGUGGGAAAUAUGCAAACCGAAAUACUUAAAUAAGACCUCAGUACGUCCUGGCCUGAAGAACUGUGGGGAUGUUAAUUGUAUUGGACGGAUUCAUACAUACCUCGAGUUGAUAGGAGCAAUCAAUUUUGGAUGUGAGCAGGCAGUAUAUAACAGGCCACAACCACUUGAUAAAGUACGAGCGGCCGACAGAAAGGAUGCAGAAGCAGCAUACCAGCUUGCCUGGCGCCUGCAGUCUAUGCGAACGAGGAGACGCAGGGUCCGAGAUCCAUGGGGAAACUGGUGUGAUGCAAAAGACUUAGAAGGACAAACAUUUGAGCAUUUGUCUGUGGAGGAGAUGGCAAGAAGAAAAGAAGAGGAAAAGUGCAAACCUAUUAAAUUUUCGAAAGCUUCAAAACUUCCAAAAAGCUCACUUGAUCCUUUCCAACUGAUACCUUGUAAUUUUUUCAGUGAAGAAAAGCAGGAGCCAUUUCAGGUGAAAGUAGCUGCAGAAGCACUUUUAAUAAUGAAUUUGCACGCCCACGUGUCUAUGGCAGAGGUGAUUGGGCUUCUAGGAGGAAGAUACUCAGAAGCUGAUAAGGUCCUUGAAAACAAUCUCUUACAGGUCUGUGCAGCAGAACCAUGUAACAGUCUGAGUACAGGACUUCAGUGUGAGAUGGAUCCUGUAUCACAGACACAGGCCUCAGAAACCUUGGCUCUUAGAGGCUACAGUGUCAUUGGGUGGUACCAUUCUCAUCCUGCAUUUGAUCCUAAUCCAUCUUUACGAGAUAUUGACACACAAGCCAAAUACCAGAGUUACUUCUCCAGAGGAGGAGCAAAAUUCAUUGGAAUGAUUGUUAGUCCAUAUAAUCGAAGUAAUCCUUUACCAUAUUCCCAGAUAACCUGCUUGGUUAUAAGUGAAGAAGUUAGCCCUGAUGGUACCUACCGUUUACCUUACAAAUUUGAAGUACAACAGAUGUUAGAAGAACCUCAGUGGGAAUUAGUGUUUGAAAAGACAAGAUGGAUAAUCGAAAAAUACAGGCUUUCUAAUAGCAGCGUCCCCAUGGAUAGAAUCUUUCGCCGGGAUUCCGACCUAACUUGUCUGCAGAAACUUUUGGAGUGUCUAAGGAAAACACUGAGCAAAGUAGCCAAUUGCUUCAUCGCUGAGGAGUUCUUGACUCAAAUAGAAAAUCUGUUCCUUUCCAAUUACAAAAGCAAGGAAGAGAAUGGACUGGCAGAAGAGGAUAGUACAAAGGAAUUGUUCAUGUAAUUAUUUUAAAGUAAGAUGUUCUAAUCUUGGCAUGCUACUGUAAAUAAUUGAGAUUUUAAAGCAAUAUAAAUUAUGUUUUUUUUUUAAUCCAUAAAACUCUAAACUUUCUCACAUAGAUAAUGUGAGAAGGAAGAGAGAGCCCUUGUUCUCAUAGUGGUAAUCAAGAGUGGUAGAGCCCUGCCUAUGCUAAGCUGUGCAGUGGGCAUGAAAGCUUGAGCUCUGCUCUGCCUCGUGGUGUGCGGCUUAAUAACUAGGAGAUGACCGAGCUCCGCUUUUUCUCAGAGGGACUGUUUCUCACUUUGCCAUCUCAUUACACACACUUUCUUCCCAUAUGUUCUGGUGGUGAGAUUGUGUGUGUGUGUGUGUGUGUUAUUUGGAUGUUGCAGCCUAGGUGUGGAACAUUAAUGGGGUUGAGAACUACUGACUAAUAAAUCUAACAGCAUGCCAACACAGCAAAAGGGAGCAUCCUUAGUAAUGUUCAGACAGGAGUCCAAAGGGGAGAAGAACCAAUUUUCAGUCUGCGGUGUGUGCUUCAUCUUACUGUGUACACUAUACCAUAGGACAGUCAGCCUCCUCUGCGAUUUAAAUGUUUAAAUGAAUUUCACAAGGGAAAUAAUUAGCUCCAACUCUGUCCAAUUGCAGUAGCAUGUGACAAAAUGUCAUUGAACUAGACUUGGUAAUGUAGCCCUCAACCUAGCUUUUUUCCCUACUGUCAGGAGAAAGAGAAAAAUGAGUCACAUAUUACAAUAGAAAAAAAAAUGCCAUCUGGUAUUUUACAUAGCUUAACCCAGUUUCAUGCACUUGCUGAAUAUUAAAAGUAAACUUUUUUCAUGUUGUAAAUUCAAAUUGUUCAUGUAAGUAUUAGUGAAUAUUUCUGCUUGCUGGAGAACUGGUGUUUGACCCUGUCCAGGCCUUCUUAUUGGCAACAGUUUUGUUAUAUUGAAACUGAAUGUGAGUUUAGAGUUUUCUUUUUUCUUUUUUUUUUUUUUUUUUUUUGCUGUAGUUGUAGCCAAAGGGGGAGGCAGCACUGGAUGGAGUGACUGCAGUCAUAGGUGACCUGAAUCUGAUUUGGGCACUGUGAUUUAAAGAAAAGGCGUUUGCUUUCUCUAGGCCAAGUUUGUCUUAUGUAGCUGAGGCUAAUCCAGCCCUGAGUGUUGCUCCUACUCUGAUUUAUCUGCUGGCUUGUUAGGCUGCACUUUUGGAACUUUAUAAGAUCGUGUAAUUGCAAAAUUAAUGUGUAGCUUUAAAAGAGAACUAGCAGUUUUUCCAUUUCCCUCUGUACAUUUAAUACGAACAAUGAAACAUACUUUGUAAAAUCCUCUUGAAAUCUGGAAGUGCAAGGACUCCAGAGCAAAAAUCAGGAAUCCUGAGCUCUCAACCUAAUCUGCUUAAGCUUUGGUAAGGGGCCUCGCUCCACGCUCAGCUCUCUAAACUCAUCAGUUGAGAUUCAAAGAGCUGAAUUCUAUCACUUGUUGUCUCUUCAAGCACACAAGGCUACAAAAGUCAGUAGCAAUUAAUUCAUUCCUUUCUGUUUUCCUUCCUCUUCACCUGUCUCUUCAUAGGCUGUUGGCACAGACCUGAAAUGGAUGAUAAUUUACUUUCUUGCAAUUUUCCUAGAAUGCUGUUGAAUUUUAAAAAGUUCUUUCUCAAAUCUGGACUUUACACAUGCCAGUGGUUAAGAGUAUUCACUACCCUGAUCUAUACAUUGUAAGGACCCAACGGGUGCCAAUAGUCAGAGUGUAGGGCCUUGAGAACAGAAGUUUUUAAGCAACUAUUGAGAAAAUACAACUAUUUUCUGACUGUAGAAUAUAUUUGUAAUUUAUCUUAUGAAAUAUUUUUAAAUACAGUGAAAUAUAUACAAAGUGCAAGUAUCUCAAACCUACUGUUGAGGAAAUAUUUUACAUAGGAAUCAGAUUCUUAACCAGUUUUUAACAGCAUAAAUUCAGGAUAUUCAGUUAUUGUUUGUCUGCUUUUGUUUUCUGUCUGUUCUCUGUGCUGCCUUCUCUUCUCUUGUCCUAGUGUCUACUUGCUCUGGCAGCUGUAGGUGGCCAACCUAGGCCUCCUGAGACUGGUUAGAGCCAAGACCUUAAAGAAGCACAGAUGAGUCUGGAACUUGAGGGGACAUGUAACACAGAAGUUCAUGGAGAGAGAGAGAGAGAGAGAGACAGAGACAGAGACAGAGAGAGACAGACAGAGACCGCCCUUCCCAACAGUGUUUGCAGAAGUGGAGGACCAGCAAUGCCUGAGUCUCUUUAUCCUGGGUUCUAUUUUUAUUGGUGCAUAAAAAUAGAAAUUGAGCUUAAAUUUUGUCUCUUAUUCUGACAUGGUUAAGGACACUUAAUAAUAGUACUUCUCUUAUAUUAGACUUACUGUUCUUCAAAACUAAUACUCAAGAAAGCAAAAUCAGUGGAACAAGACCAGUAAGGUAAAACUCGCUGGCCAUUGUUUAACCUUGGCCCUUCUUCUCCACUCCUUUUAAAUGGCUAGGAGCUCCCAGUCUUGGAGUUGGUAUGGCCACCUGCUCAAUGCUCAUGAGGUUUUAGGCACCAAGCACUUUAGCUCACUUUGACCUCUUCCAUAUAGAAUUUAAAAUUACAUUUUAUAAUUGUGUUUGUAUAACAUGACAGUAUUCACAUUUUGGAUUAAAAUAUUCCUUUAAUCUAAAACUUGGAUUAUUUUUCCUAAUAAAAUUAAGUAAAAUGUUUGUUAUACACCCUUCAAAAUUCUGAGAAUUUGAGACUGUACCUGAUGAAUGGUUUAUGUUCUGAGAGGGUUGUUGGAAAAAUGCAGACCGUGUUCUCCAUCCCUUACCACCACUCAGGUGUUUGUUUCACUCCAGCCAGGAGCACUGCAGGUCCUCCUGUCACAAGCCUGGACAUCUGAACUUCGUCCUUCCCAUCCUAGCCAGAACUCAGUAUGGCUUAGAUCAUCCAUGGGAGGCGGAGGUGCAGUAGUUAGAAAUCAGUAGAUAGGAAUUUUAUUUAGGUUCCUACUUUUACAGCUUGUGCGCCACCUCACAGGGUGAGGUGCCUUUUUUCCCUUUACUGUCAAACCCUCAUAUUCAUCUAUUCAUCCAUUCUCACAGCUCAUAGGUACAAGAGCUUUAUAUCAUUCAUUGAAAGUAAUUAAACAGACCCAUUCAGAAAAUGCCUGCAGUCAUUUAUUGUUUAGCAUUGGUCCAGGCUUCUCCACAGAAUGUUCCUCUCGGGCUAGGUGAGGUUGGUAGCAUGCAGACUGGAAGCACCGUUAGCCUCUUCGUUUCUAAGGACAGAGAAAGUGGCAGCCCCGGCAUUCCAGCCUAAGCUGUCCUACUGCUCUUUAGUUUACCUUUUCCCAUGUACAUUGCUGAGUCCUGACGGAAGGAAGGCGCUAGAGAAGCCAACAAAGCCUGUGCACGCCUCCACUCUGUCUCUGCUCUGUGCCAACUGAAGACACCCAAUUGGCCACCUGCUUGUGGACACACUUGAAGUUCACCGGCAGACAUCCUAUGUUGGUUUCUCAGCAGGAGAGGUGGCCACCCAAAUUUCCCUUUUCUACUUACCAGCAAGGCACUUAAUCUGGUGUCACGUGACACUCAUAGAGAAAAGCACCUGCACAGAAGCACAAGAAGAGCACACACAUUCUGUUGUGUUAGCAUUAACAAACUUAACGAACAAACUUUAUCUCUAGAGCUUCAUCUCUAGUUUUGUAUUUAGCUCUUAGAACAAUAUAUCUUAUAAUGUAUCCAGAAAAAUCAGAAUAAUGUAAUAUCCUUCGAUUAUUAUUUCCUGACCUUUCUGAAAAAGUUUCAUGCAUGCUUUCAUUUCCUGUAACUUUGUUUUCUGAUAUCUCUUCUACCUUACUCCCUUAUUGCCCCGACCAAAUCAGGAGGAAAUAAAAGCAUCCAAGAGGAACUUAAAAGGUUCUAAAUGAAACUAAACUUUAAAGCCGAAAUUAAUUCGCAGCAUCUGUGUAGCUUUUAUUUUUGUCCUUUGCUGUUUCUGUCAUAUAUUCAUGUGAGUUCCAGGGAAAAUAACCUGCUUUGUUGUGUCUGAGGGUUCCUAGUAGCUUAUCAGGAAUUCAAUAAAUUCAUAUUUCCGGUGUUAUAUGUUAUCAAAAAAUUGAGGCCUGUGUGGUGGUGCACACCUUUAAUCCCAGAACUCAGAAGCAGAGUCAGGGAGCUCUCCAGUGCUCAAGGUUAGCCUGGAACAGGAGGACUACAUAGUAAGACCCUGUCAUUUAAAAAUAAAACAAAACAAACAAACAAACAAAAAAAACAAGACAAAACAAAGCUGGGCAUGGUGGCGCACGCCUUUAAUCCCAGCACUCGGGAGGCCGAGGCAGAGGCAGAGGCAGGCGAAUUUCUGAGUUCGAGGCCAGCCUGGUCUACAAAGUGAGUUCCAGGACAUCCAGGGCUACACAGAGAAACCCUGUCUUGAAAAGAAAAAAAAAAAAAAAAGAUCAUCUGCUUCAGCAUAUGAGUACUAAAGUUGUAAUUAGAUUUUAGCAUGAUUUAUGUAGAGGAGUCUUUUAUAAACGCCUUUAAAUGUGUAGAUUGGAGUUGAUUUAUACAGUUGUGUUGUAUAUAAGAUAUUGCAUGACAGUUUAUGAACUUGUUGCUGUUUUCUCACAAUAUUAACAGUUUUGUAAAUUUUUUCACUAUGCAUUUACAGUGUUCUAUAACAAUAUAUGACUUAAAACUAUUUUAUACAUUUAAAUGUUAUGUUGUAUAUAUCUACAUUAAAGAAUAUUGUAAAUAUCAAUGUUUGUAAAAUUAUAAGUUUUCCAAAAAUAUAAACUCAUUUUUCCAUAUCUACUUGUGGCAUAUUAAAAAUACCAGUUUUUAAGCUUUGACGUAUUAUCUUGUAGUGAAAGAGGAGGAUCAUGCUGUCAAUUCAAUGUAAGCAAAUGUUAAAAAUAAAACAGGUAGUUUUUGAUGUCUUUGUAAA